UUGAGAAAGUCUUUUAUUUUUCGUUUUGCCGUAUCUAUAAAUAGAGGACUUUUUCUGUGUGAAAAUAUCAAACAAACAUUUCCUUUGCUCGAAGUAACAAAGUUUACGAAAGCGUUUUCAUCAAAUAUGUGGAAUCAAAAGCCGAGUUACAGAUUUGAGAUAGAUAACUUCUCGGAGAAGAAAUCUGUCAUAACGUCUCAGGUGUUCGUGAGCGGCGGAUGCGAAUGGUGUCUCAAACUUUAUCCAAAGGGAGAUGGAGUUGUUAAACUUGAUGAUUACUUGUCUUUGUACGUGAACGUUGCAAAUCCUAAAUCUUUGAGAAGUGGAUGGAAAAGGAUUGCUAACUUUUACUUCGUUCUGUUGAAUCAAUCCGACAAAGAGCUCUACAGAUCACCAAUUGGAGGACAAGAAAGCACCCCGUUUUGCGCUGCGAGUCCAUCGUGGGGUUGGCGAUAUUUCUUGUCUCUUAGCAAGUUUCAGAAAACAGGACUUUUGGAGGACGACAGACUCAUCAUUGAAGUCUACAUUAAUAUUGUUGAAGCUUUUGAUGGAGAAGAAGAAGAUGUAUCAUCACAGAAGGAGGAAACUGUGGAUAUCAAUGGUUUUCACGUUGUUGCUACUCAGGUUACUCCAGUGACGAAGAUAUUCGAGGAGCACCCUGACCUAGCAGAAGAUUUAAAAGUAAAAAACCAAGUGGUGAAGACAGUAUACAUGAAUGUCCUCCUCAACCUCAUUGAGACACUUAACAAACUUUCACAGAAUCACUCAGAGACUGAGCUAAGAAAUGCUCACAGCGAGUUGAGUGAGCUGGUGGAAGUGGGUUUCAAGCUGGACUGGUUGAAAUUAAAGCUUGAUGAAGUUUCCUUGAAGAGGAAGAAAGCAGAUGUUGAUGUUAAAAAACUUGAGCCGGUGGAUUUGGACUUUAAGAUGGACCCUUUGAAGACAAAGAUUGAGGAGGUUCCCUUGGAGAGGAAGAAAUCAGAUGAUGCUGAUUGGUCUCGGGUACAUCAACUAGAGGAACGCCUCAAGAAUCUCGAGCUGAUGGAAUUGGACUUGAAGUUGGACUGUUUGAAGUCAAAGCUUGAGGAAGUUUCCCUGGAGAAGAAGAAAGCAGAUGCUGGGGUCCAACAACUAGAGGGAAGCGUCAAGAAUCAUGUGAUAAUGGUGUCGGAUCUCAAAGUUGAACUGGACAACGAGAAGGCCAAAUCUUCCGCUGAUGGAUUUUUGUUGGUUGACUAGGUUUGUUGACGUAGAGAUCAAGUUUUAUAGAGAAUUUCUCAAGUAGACAAUACCCGCGUUUCCUUUGUUUUGGUUUUAUUGCUUUCUGAAUCCUAAUACUAGAGUUUUUGCUUAAUUGAAAAGACAUGGUUAAGGAGAUGGUUUCAUUUUUUUGUUUUAUAUUUGCCACUUUUGGGAAUUUUCUUUUGAUCAUAUUUUGGGUUAAUU